UGUUUGAAAACUAAACCUUCUAAUAAUUAUUUAAUAACUUUAAUUAUUUUAAUUGCAGAAAAUGGACUGCCACGAAGACUACGCACCGCUUAUACAAACACGCAACUGUUGGAACUAGAGAAAGAGUUUCACUUCAAUAAGUACCUAUGUCGGCCGCGAAGAAUUGAAAUUGCUGCUUCCUUAGACCUUACUGAGAGACAGGUAAAGGUUUGGUUCCAAAACAGAAGGAUGAAGCACAAGAGACAAACUCUCAGUAAAACCGAAGAUGGCGAUGAUAAGGAUUCAACGACAUCAGAAGGAGGCAAAAGUUCGAAGACAGGCCUCGACAAAUUUUUGGACGACGACGGACCGCUCUCCGGCAAAAAGAGUUGUCAAGGUUGCGAACUGCCUCCUGGCGCACUAUGCUCUCCGGCUGAGGACUUACCGGAGCUUGCAUCCCGCACUCGGAACAACAAUACGCCCAGUGCUACAAAUAACAACAGUUUCGCAAGUGAUGGAGCUUCCAGUGUAGCCUCAUCUUCUUCACUAGACAAACUUGCUGAAGACGAUUCACGUGACGGGCAUCCCCCAGUCACGGCAAUGAGCGCUGCCCCUAGAAAUUUAACUAAGAGGAUUAAACAGGAAUCUAGGAAGAGGUCACCCUCACUCGAUGCAACUUGUAAGGUAUCCCCGUCUUCAUCUAAAGAUGGCCUUGGCCCUGUGCCUGGUCUAGCAGACGGUGGUAAAUUCUCGUCGGUUAAUUUGACUCCUUCGUCAACACCAGGAACGCCAUCUAGUAUGCACCAGAGUCCACUAGGCCAUUAUCCUCGGCCUUCUCCUCCAAAUGCUCCACCGGGACCCCCGCACCCGCAAGCUGUACCCAACGCAAUGCCUCCGUACGUGAUUAGAGGUAAUGCACCCCCUGGACAAUUCGUGCCUCACCCGGACUUCCGCAUGGAUUCCAAACAGUUUAUUGGAAAGCUCACUCAAUACCCUCAGGGUAACAGAAAUUAUGAGGCUUACGGAGCAGCAAUUCAAUCCGCUGAACAACACGGGUAUGUUCGAAACCAACACCAUACAAGGCAGGAAGGCUCUCCUUCCACACGGCCCACUAAUGGCGUAGGAUCAAGACAGGCAUAUCCGCAUGAAAUGUAUCAAAAUUACGGUUAUCCCGCUUAUGGAAAGGAUCAGGUAGCUUAUGGGCACCCAGGCUACGAUCAAACACAAGGUUACAGCAGCGAGCACAUGGGGUAUGCGAACAGCCAUUACGGGUAUCACUAUCACGAAGGGACUCAGCAUGACCAUGGACACAAUUACUACGCUGGUGAAGGGCAAAAGAAUGCUCACGCGACAGACUACACGAAGAAUUACUACGACGGCACUGCUUACUCGCAGCAGGCAGCGUACGGAGCAAGCGGGGCUGCAGCGGGCGCGGCGGGCGCAGCAGCAGCGGGCGGGGCGGCGGGCGAGGCGUACGCCGGCGCGGACUGCGGCGACGGCUACGGGUCCUUCCAACAGUUCUACGAGGCCACGCAUGCCGCGCCGCCCGGCGACAACUCCAACUCCUCCUCAGACUUCCACUUCCUCAGCAACCUCGCUAACGACUUCGCACCAGAAUACUACACCAUUUGAGAUAAGGACCUCGCCGAGCAGGCGAGUGAUCUGUUCGUGUAAGCUUACUGAUAUGAUACUGUGUAUGAAACGUUUCAAUAUAGCUAAUAAGGGUUACGGUGUUGACACUCGAGUGUUCGCCCAAGGCGAGGAUGUAUAAGAUUGCUAUCCAUGGCUAAUCCUAAUCCAAUUUAAGUUCGUUAUAUUAUAGUGACUUAAGGAUAAUGUAAUAAAUUGUAAAUAAAUACUUGUCUCUUAUUUGUAAUAGAUAUAAAAAUAAUGUUUUUACCUACUCUGAUGCGUACGAAAAAAUAACUUAGAUAAUGAAAUUGUUUUCAAAUAUAAUAAAGAAUAGCCAGUUCCAAGAAAAGUUAUGUGAGAAAUAAAUAACAUGAUUAAAACUAUCGUGAAUGAAAAAAUAAACACAUUUCGAUCUACAUCAUCGUUUGCUAAACUCGCGCAUUACCAAUAAAUACUGUUGUUAUAAACAUAUGUAUAAUUUGUAAUAAAUCUGGUAUGAAUGUAAAUUACAAAGUAUUUAAAGUUUAUCUUGUAUCCUUUCACGUGUUCAUGAUAAGAGAUAUAAAAAUAAAAAUUCAUUUUACGACACUUAAUAAUAGAAAUUGUUUACGAACUUAAGGAAUAGUCGUUGCCUUAUUUAGUUGAUAUUGUUUUGUGACUAUAAGACAUACUGUAGAUACAUUCUAAGAUAGUUUAUUAUAAGUCAUUAUUAUUGUAGAUAACAUCAGCUCUAUCAUUUUGGCCUAUUAAAAAAAUUAAUCAUUUGGUGUCACAUGUUUUGUGCUUUCACUCUACUCCUUUUCCUUGAAAAAUCCAAUCUAUUUGUACACCCUCUAGGUACUGCCUAUCAUAAUCUACGAGAUCCGGAUUCAAUACCUGCAUACAAAAAUGCAGGCCUGCCUGCAUAAAAAGCUUGUGUAUUUAAUCUGUGGCCACACUGACUAUUAAAAAAAAAACUUAAAAUCAGUUAACAUUCGAACUUAGCGAAAUUUAAAGGAAAAACAUGAUAUUUCCAUUUGCUAAAGGUUCAAUAUAAGUAGGUUUAAGUUAAAUGAUAGAUUAUCUAAGCACAGAUACA